AUGGCAGAACACAUCAACCAUCGGCGAGACAAGAGUUCUGGAAUCAGCUCUUGGUUGCACGGGACAUUCGUGAUUGGCCUCAUUUCAGCAUUUAUCGCAGUCUGUAUCAAAUCUUCCCAGUCGUCUAGCUCACCUGAGUUGGAUAAGUACAUCCCGGGAACAGAUUCUGGGAUAUGCCCACAAGUGCCGAAGCUGUCUCCAAGGAACAAGCAAGUUGAACAGUAUGUUCGUGAGAAAGUCGACUCCGAGGAAUACCAACGAGAAAUCAUCAACAAGCUAUCUGCGAUCAUUCGUAUCCCAUCUGAGAGCUAUGACGACUUAGGCCCCAUCGGCGAAGACGACAGGUGGAAUGUAUUUUUCGAAGUGGAGAACUACAUCAAAGUCAACUAUCCUACGGUGUUCCAGAGCGUGACGCUGGAUCACGCCAACACACACGGAUUGAUCCUGACAUGGGAAGGCAGCGUCCCACCAUCGGAGGCUAAGCCGAUCCUCAUGCUCGCGCAUCAAGACGUCGUACCGGUGCUUGCGGAGAACGUCAAGGAUUGGACGUAUCCGCCUUAUAAUGGUCACUACGACGGUGAGACUAUCUGGGGCCGUGGUGCCACUGAUGACAAAGGCUACUUGAUAUCCAUCAUUGAAAGUUUGGACCUUUUGAUCAAAAGCGGAUUUGCACCGAAACGAACGGUUAUCCUGGCCUUCGGCUGUGAUGAAGAGAUAAGUGGUGAGAAUUGCGGAAGGCCCAUUUCGGAUUUCCUCCAUGAGAAAUACGGCGACGACGGGAUCUACCUGAUCAUGGAUGAGGGUUCCACAGGUAUCCAGAGAGAAUUCGAUCAGACUUUUGCCAUGGUCAGCGUCGCAGAAAAGGGAUAUUUGGACAUUGGGAUCAAUGUCUCGUCGACGGGCGGUCAUGCCAGUAACCCGCCGGAUCAUAAUGCCAUUGGCAUCUUAUCAGAAAUUGUGGUGGCAAUUGAAAAUCACCCAUUUCCUGGGAAAGUCACACCGAAGAAUCCAAUGUUUCGCUUCCUAGAGUGUGGCGCCGUCCAUGCUCCCGAGUCAAGCUUCCCCAUGGCAGUUCGCCGCUUGCUGGGACUGGCUGCCCAAAACGACAGUUCCAGCCAGGAACAAUUGGCCCAGACACUGGAUGAUAUGAGAUAUUACUUCCAAACAAGCCAGUCUGUUGGAAAGAUCAACGGAGGAGUCAAGAUCAAUGCCAUUCCCGAAACAGCAUCCACAAUGGUCAACCUGCGCCUAGCCGUCGAAACCUCCAUUGCUCAGGUUGUGUCGCACUACGAGUCCCUUGUCAGUCCGAUUGCGAAAAAGCACGGAAUGGCAUUUGGAGGAUUUCAUUCGCCAUGUAGCCUUACAGACAAACGGAAGAUCUGUAUGUUUGGAGUCGACGCCUUAGAGCCGGCUCCCGUUUCUCCUGUUGAUGCCGAACCCUACCGCAUCUUGUCUGGCACCAUCAAAAAUGUUCUCAAGCCACUGGCCGCGGAAGACAGCCUUAUCGUCACGCCAUAUUUAAUGACAGCCAACACCGACUCCAAGUUCUUUUGGGCUUUGACCAAGAACAUCUAUAGAUUUACGCCUGUGAAUCUAGUAGAAAAUCUCAACCGGGCGCAUACAACUGAUGAGUUUAUUCGGGCCGAUGAAUUUGUACGAGAGCCUCUAAUUUUCGCGAGUCUGAUUUUGAACGCCGAUGAUAUUGUGGGCUAG